CUACAAGGUUUUCAAAUAUUGCAUUCGAUUGGUGGCGGUACAGGUUCUGGUUUCACUUCACUUUUAAUGAACUCAAUGGUGGAAGAAUAUACUGAUAACUUGAUAUCUAACUACGUUGUAAUACCGUCAAAAAAUACAUCCCAAACUGUUGUGGAACCAUAUAACGCCUUACUAAGCAUACCCUCUUUAGUGAAUAACUCACAUUUGACCUUUUGCUUGGAUAAUGAAGCGCUAUUUAAUAUUUGCAAACGAAAUCUUAAAAUUGAACUAUCCGGAUAUGAGCACAUCAAUCAUAUAGUUGCCUUAACAAUGUCUGGUAUUACAACUUGUCUACGCUUUCCUGGACAACUAAAUGCUGGUUUACGAAAAAUCUAUGUUAACAUGGUACCAUUUCCUCGUUUACAUUUUCUAAUUCCAGGUUUCGCACCGUUAGCUACCUGCCAAGAACGAAAAUUUGCACAAGGAACAGUUGCUGAAUUAGUACAACAAAUAUUCUCUUCUAAUAAUCUAAUGUGUGAAAUAGAUUUGCGAGAGGGCAAACUUUUAACUGCAGCUGGAAUAUUUCGCGGACGUCUAUCUCCACGUGAAGUUGAUCAGUUAAUGACAAAUGUCCGAAACAAGAAUAUUGGAAAUUUCGUAGAUUGGAUACCAAAUAAUAUAAAGACCGCUAUUUGUGAUAUACCGCCGCGCGGGUUGAAGAUGUCAGCCACAUUUAUUGGGAACACCACAGCUAUUAACAAACUUUGUGCACGAAUAAUGGAUACCAGUACAAUUAUGUUAAAGCGGAAAGCACAUUUACAUUGGUUUAUCUCAGAAGGAAUGGAAGAAGAGGAAUUUUAUGCUGCGCAAGAAGAAUUGCAAGCAAUAAUGAAUGAUUAUAAAGAAAGUGGGGAACCACUUGCAGACGAAAUGGCAAAUCCAUGUGCAUAUUGUGUGGAAGAGGAAUAG